GCCCCCCCACGUCGGGGCGCGGCGGGCGGCGGCGGCGGGAGCGCGUCCCGUCCGGGGCCCGAGGAGCAGCCGCCGCCGCCGCUCGCCAACAUGGCGGACCUGGAGGCCGUGCUGGCCGAUGUCAGCUACCUGAUGGCGAUGGAGAAGAGCAAGGCCACGCCGGCCGCCCGCGCCAGCAAGAAGAUCGUCCUGCCCGAGCCCAGGAGCGUCUCACCCCAACGAAGGAGACGCAGCUCCGACUGGAUGCGACAGACAGUGACUGUGAUGGCACACCCGGCGGAGGGAAACAAACAUGCCAGGGCUGGAGGCCAGUCCCCCAGGGAGAUGAAGCCACCAGAGCAGGAGCAUCCUUGCCUGCAAAACAAAACUAGCUGUAAAAAACUGAGUAUCCGGAGUGUGAUGCAGAAGUAUCUUGAGGAGAGAAAUGAAAUAACCUUCGACAAGAUUUUUAAUCAGAAAAUUGGUUUCUUGCUAUUUAAAGAUUUUUGUUUGAAUGAAAUUAAUGAAGCUGUACCUCAGGUGAAGUUUUAUGAAGAGAUAAAAGACUAUGAGAAACUUGAGAAUGAGGAAGAUCGCCUUUGUAGGAGUCGGCAAAUCUAUGAUACCUACAUCAUGAAGGAGCUGCUGUCUUGUUCACAUUCAUUCUCAAAGCAAGCUGUAGAUCAUGUACAAAGACACCUUUCCAAGAAACAAGUGACAGCAACUCUUUUUCAGCCAUACAUAGAAGAAAUCUGUGAAAGUCUUCGCGGCAACAUUUUUCAAAAAUUUAUGGAAAGUGACAAGUUCACUAGAUUUUGUCAGUGGAAAAACGUAGAACUAAAUAUCCAUUUGACCAUGAAUGAUUUCAGUGUACAUAGAAUCAUUGGACGAGGAGGAUUUGGUGAAGUAUAUGGUUGCAGGAAAGCAGACACUGGAAAAAUGUAUGCAAUGAAAUGCUUAGAUAAGAAGAGGAUCAAGAUGAAACAAGGGGAGACAUUAGCCUUAAAUGAAAGGAUUAUGUUGUCUCUUGUGAGUACGGGAGACUGCCCUUUCAUUGUCUGUAUGACCUAUGCCUUCCAUACUCCAGAUAAACUCUGUUUCAUCCUGGAUCUGAUGAACGGAGGCGACCUGCACUAUCACCUUUCUCAGCACGGCGUGUUUUCCGAGAAGGAGAUGCGGUUCUACGCCACCGAGAUCAUCCUGGGGCUGGAACACAUGCACAGUCGCUUUGUCGUGUACAGAGACCUGAAGCCUGCAAAUAUCCUCCUGGAUGAACACGGACACGUAAGGAUAUCAGACCUUGGUCUUGCCUGUGAUUUUUCCAAAAAGAAGCCGCAUGCAAGUGUUGGCACCCAUGGGUACAUGGCUCCCGAGGUGCUGCAGAAGGGGACCGCGUACGACAGCAGCGCCGACUGGUUCUCCCUUGGUUGCAUGCUAUUCAAACUCCUGAGAGGUCACAGCCCUUUCAGACAACAUAAAACCAAAGAUAAGCAUGAGAUAGACCGAAUGACACUCACCGUGAAUGUGGAACUUCCGGAUUCCUUCUCCGCUGAACUGAGGUCCCUCCUGGAGGGCCUGCUGCAGCGAGACGUCAGUAAGCGGCUCGGCUGUCACGGAGGCCGUGCGCAGGAAGUCAAGGAACACAGCUUUUUCAAUGGCAUCGACUGGCAACAUGUCUCCUUACAAAAGUACCCCCCACCCUUGAUUCCUCCCCGGGGGGAGGUCAAUGCUGCUGACGCCUUUGACAUUGGCUCAUUUGAUGAGGAGGAUACCAAAGGCAUCAAGCUUCUUGAUUGCGACCAAGACCUCUACAAGAACUUCCCUCUGGUAAUCUCCGAACGCUGGCAGCAGGAAGUAGCGGAAACAGUUUAUGAAGCAGUAAAUGCAGACACGGAUAAAAUCGAGGCCAGAAAGAGAGCUAAAAAUAAGCAACUUGGCCACGAAGAAGAUUAUGCUCUGGGAAGAGACUGUAUUAUGCAUGGGUACAUGCAGAAACUGGGAAACCCUUUUCUGACUCAGUGGCAGCGUCGAUAUUUUUACCUCUUUCCAAACAGACUUGAAUGGAGAGGCGAGGGGGAGUCACGGCAAAAUUUACUGACAAUGGAACAGAUUCUGUCAGUGGAAGAAACUCAGAUUAAAGACAAAAAGUGCAUUUUGUUGAGGAUAAAAGGAGGAAAACAGUUUGUCUUGCAAUGUGAGAGUGACCCAGAGUUCGCGCAGUGGAAGAAGGAGCUGACCGAGACGUUCACGGAGGCCCAGCGAGUGCUGCGACGCGCCCCCAAGUUCCUCAACAGGCCUCUGUCCAGCGUUGUUGAGCUCUCGAAGCCACCCCUCUGUCACAGGAACAGCAACGGCCUCUGACCCCGAGGUGGGCGUCCCAGGGAAGACGGUGCCCCAGGGAGUCCUCACGGCGAUUUCCAGCCCCGGAAACGGAGCCUUUGGAGAAGUGCAAGGACUAGAGGUUCCGUCCGCGUUUCUCGGGGUUCUUCCCCAGCUGGGAAGACCCGGGCCGCCGAGAUGCUCCAGUAGGAGCUGUGGCUGUCGGCUGAGUGCCCCCUGCCACCAUCACAUUUUUCUGCUCUCGAAACUACUGAAGACAACGUUUUUUCUUUGCUAUGCACUUAUUUUGGUAUAUAUGAAAUCAGAACUUGAAAUGAUUCCUACUAAUGACUUCAGUUUUUAUGUCUGAUAUCCAACAUACCGUAGUCUUGCCAAGAUGGGAUUUUUACCGUCUCCAGAGGCAGGUGAUAGAUUGCCCCAGCAUUGCCACAUUCUAUCUACUGCUGAUUUUGUGUGUCUGUCCCAUCCAACCGGGGGACUGGGUGGGAGGGCAGCCGUGUGUUCCUCUGCGCACUUCAGAACCGGCUUCUUUCCCUGGAUUGAAAGGAGUUGUUCCCCAAGAAGGGCGCACGUGGGCCCUCCCCGCGUGCGCCUGGCCAGGGGGCUCUGGCCAGCUGGGGGCAGAGGGAGGGGGCCCUCCCGGGCCAGGUCGUGCGCAGCAGCACCUCGGUGGAAGGGUUGGCAGUGAUCCGAAGGCCAGGCGGCGGUGUGUGAGCGUCCAGGGUAUCAGCGAUUGUCGGCCAUCCUCCAGGCAACUGACAGCACCUCCCGUGGACGGGUGCGCAUGGACGCGGAGCUCCCGGGCCUCUCCUGGGGCCUCUCCUGGGUGCGGACAGUUAUGGAGCUGUGGGGCAGUCAUUCUGGUUCCUGCUGCCUGCCCUCGGUAAACUUACCAGUCCUGAACGUGUAGAGGAAGGAGAGGAUUGCUCUGUUUUACGUUUCAGUAUGAUUUUAAAUGAAUUCUAUUGCGAAAAAGAAUGCUGAAGAAUGAAGGUGUCCAAGUGGGUUCACUGUAUACUGACUUGUACUGUCGUUCAUCUGUCGUCAGUGAAUAAUGCCUAGUGCUGGGCGGGGCGCCAUGUGUGCCAGUAACAACAUCCGGGCUAAAGGCUGUUCCCUCUGCCCCGGGGCCUCCCCUCCCCCUGGGGUUUUGGUCUGUUUCCACCUCCCCACGUGUUCCAGGCCCCAAAUAAAUAAAUGCUGGGUUAUAAGAACCAGCGUGUCGCCGAAUGAUGUCCUCCAUGUCGUCAGACUAAAAUAAGAACAAUAAUUUUUAAAGUCCACAUGUUUGUCCUAUUCCUCAUGCAAUUUUAUUGUAUGUUUCUAAGUUAACUACUAAUAGUAUAAAUAACUUGAAAUCAUAAUUACCUGCAUCCUGUCCUCAAUAUUUUUAGUGGUUCCAAACCUUUGCAUUUACAUUUGUGUGCUCUGUUUAUUGAGGAAGUAAGUACUAUUUAAUGAAAUUAUAUUUUGAGAGUUUGGAAGAAAAUGCAUCUUUUAUCUCAUGGAAGUUGCUUUGGAAAAGACAUCUGGGGGCUCACUAUCCAUCAACUACUAGUUGGAGUUUAAAUUAGCAUACAUGGUCUGUCUGCCCCUUCUAGCAUAGGAACAGGGGGUACUGUUUACAUGCAUCCCCUGAUUGAAAAGGGAAGCAUAGCAUUCAAAACCAGUUUUAAAAACAAAAACCACAAAACCCCACCGGAAACAGAAAAGCAGUUUUUCUGCAUAAAGAGUGGGCAUCGUCUCAGCCAUGGUUAAUUACAGCUGUCCCUGCUGUAGGUAUCGUCUCCAUUCCCAGCCUCACGUGUGCUCAGCUCUUGCAGUCCAGGAAUCACUGUACCUCCUGCCUCUGCUGGACAGAGUAAAGAUCUUCAUGAGGAGGUGUGUGGAUGGCUCCAGGGCCAAGGCUUAGGUCUCCCAUUUCAUACCUAGGGUAUUAACUAUGCCAACUCACGUCUGUUUCAAAAAUAGAAUUUUUGCUCUGGAGUAGAACAUAAGGGGCAUCUCUCUUUUCAAAAAGAAAUAUGAAUUGGAAAAAUAUCCCAAGAGUGCUUCUGCCUAAAACUUAUUCCAGUUAAGCUUUUACAGCUCCCCAGCUCAUACAUGAUCUGUAAGGACAUGGCUGAGAAGUGCUUCAUCGAGAUGUCAUCGAUUAAGAGCUCUCUGGGAGGUUAAGAUGAGCAGCUUUGGGGACCGUCACCACCUGAAGCCCGUUGUCCUGAUAGGUAAGAAUUUCUGCUGCUGAGGUGACACCCGGUGCCUGUGCGGUCAGAGGUCCGUUGGCUUAGGCGUGUUGGGAUAGUUGGCUGUUUGAGGAGGUUUUAAGAGGUUUUUACAUCAUCGCAAGAGGUUUGAGCCUUCUUGCAUCUGCCCCACUCGAAAGGACGAAAUUCAACACACUCCAAGAAGGUAUCCAAAGUUGAUACCGUUUGUACAAAAUUAAUAAUGAGUCUCAAUUUCAUAAGUCCAGGGAAUUAAUGAAGCAAAGCUUCAAAACAAGAGAUGACUUUUAAGCUGCUAUACAACAUAUAUGGAAUCAAUGUAAGACUUUUGCGAAUCCAAAGUUAACUUUUAACCCAAAACAUGCUCUGGUGCGUGAAUCCCCUCCUGUCCUUGGGGCUCACGGUCUUUCCUUCUAUAUCAUGUUUAAGUGAUUUUUUUCUGCAGCACUUGUAGAAAUGAGCUAUUGUUUCACCGCUGAUGCAGGUGUUUCCCUACUCAUGCCUCUGGUCAACUCACUGAACUUGAAGUUUCAAAUCAUCCGUGUAAAAAGAAGGGGCCAAAUGUCAAGAUGUACUGGACACAGGAAGCAUGCUGCUCAAGAAGGACAAAGCCACAGCCAGCCACCAUCUGCUCAGCCAGUAUCAGCUUGAUUGACGGUUUGAAGUACGCCAUGUGGAUUUUAGAAACAAUCGUUUAAAGGCUCUCACUGGUCAUUUAAAAAUCUCUUUCUAACUGACAGUGAAGUUUAACUGGAUUAAAAGGAUCAAAAUGUUUUUCUCUUUCCUUCACGCUCUUAAAAUUUUCACUCAAUGUGUAGCUGUGCCAAUUCAGUACAGCAUUGGACUUUACGUUGGAAUUGAUUUUUCUGUUUCAGAAACUGAACCUAUGAAGAAGAAAACGAAAUUCUCAAAGUUGGACCUUUUUCCAUGAUGUAAAUCUAUAAAAAACAAAAACAAGUACUUUGAAAUGUGCUGGUGUAAAUUAAGACUUAGCUUGUAUGAUUUCAUAAUAUAUAACCUUCUCAGUUGUGUGCAGGGGAGUAUUUGUGUGUCAGUGAGAGAUGCUCAAUGAACUAACCCCUCCCAAACCCCAGGAGAUUGAUGCACUGUUUGUACUGGAGAAGAGACAGCCUCAUUCAGGUCUGUGACAGCUGCUGGCUGGGAGGUCAGGUCAUAAGCUCUAGGGACGGGUGGAAUGGGUGAUACAGAGAGAAGAAUAGUGGUAGAACUGGGGCAAGGGGCAAAAUGAUUAUUUUGCUGGUAAAAAUCAUUCCCCUUUAUACCAUAAAGCACUAAGAAAAUGAGUGAGUUAAAAGUUGAUGGCCUUUCUCCCCCUUUAUAACAGGAGGUAAAUUGUAAUUAUUGUAAGAUUAGGCCACUUUUUUCCUAAAUAUGGAGCUGCUGAACUUACUAAGAGAGCAAUUACUUUCCAUGAGGACUUUGUGUAGAAAUUUAAGUUCCCAUUGCCUGUGAUCCCACACCUCUGAGAAGGUGCACAGGACCUAGAACUAACACCCCAACUUUGUAUGUGUACCUUGCAGCUACCACGAGGGUCUGAGAUGGGGCCCUGGGGGCCAUCAGCGUUCUGUGGUCCAGUUGCAGACAUUGUGGCGCAUGCACUGAAAUUGCAAUAAAACCCCAGAACUCCAGUAUUGGGCUGGCUGUUUAAAUCACGUUCAUUUCCAGAGUGAGCUUUAAUGGUGUAAAUUUAAACAUCUCUUUCCUAAAGAUCUCCCAUGAAAGGUUGACUUGAGAAGCCUAAAUUAGUGAACAACUUAAAUUCAUGUUAAUAGGAACUUUUUUGUAUCCAGGCCACAUUAAAAAAAAUUUGUUUUUACUGUAGAAUUAAUCGAAGCUGACCUCUGAAAUAACUCCUUAAUUUCCUCAAGGCAUAAUAGACUUUAGAUAUCCUGUCUCAAAGACCGAGAGAGCUGCCCUUUCACAGCAGAUGAACAGGGCUGCCCACUCCAGCCACAGCCAAAGGCCGGGAGGAACACGGGCAGCCAGCCACUUGGCCCACGUGGCUGCGUUGGCAUUGACUGAUAAAUGGAGCUUCCAGACUUUAAACUGCCUGUAUUUAAACACACACACAACAGAAAAUGGGUUAACAGCAUAUGCAGCACAUCAGAAACCUGGGGAAAAAACUGCUUUCUGGAGUUAACUUCUUAGAGUAGACUCUCUACCUAACAAUCUCAAAAUCAGCUUUGAAAAAUGGUAACUAUGCUCCCAUUUUUUAUUUUUCCCUCAUUUGAAAUAUUGUUCAUGUAAGGGGAGGGAAUGGAGAAAUAUUUCUAAUUGUGUACUCAUUUUACAAAGGACUUAAAAUUUAAUUGUUUCUUAGUUGAUGUAUAUAUUAUAUGUGGUUUAUAAGCUAAGCACUGGCCAUUCUUUAGUUCUAUUGUUAAAUUGUAUUUUUCUAUGUUUAACUAAUUAUAAUAGAUUUGGCUCUUUCUGGGUAACAAAGAUUGCUUGACUACAUAUAUAUAAAACAAGAGUUCUAUUUUAGCACAAAAGCAUUUUAUAUUAUUUAUUGAACUGCUUAAGUUCAUUUUCCUCGAAGCGUAUCCCUUAUCAUUUCUGCUUUUUAUUUGUAUAGUUUGUUAUUUAAAGAAAUGGCAGUCCUUCCUGGUUUUCAUAAGAUAAAAUUGACAUCACGCGUACAGCAACGUGGGGCAAACGUCUCCUCUCACUGCCGUGGACGGUUUUCCACAAUGCUUCUCCUCUGGCCUGUGCUGAGGGGCAUGUGCACCUUUUGGGUAACAUCUGACAGCAGAGCUGCUGUGAAAUAUGCUUUCAUCUACCUCUUCAGAAGGCCUCCUGCUUGUUGACAGGUACCCCUGAAUGCUUUAUUCUAGGCUGUCUGUGUUAUCGGAGAAUUGCAGUAAAACAUCUCGGUGUACUCCCCUCAAGAUGCGGAUUUGUUUUGAAAGCCACGGCAAUGCCAAGGGCCCAGGUGAGCAGGCAGGUAGACUUCCUUCUCUGCAGCUGACUUUCAGGAGCCAAGAAGCACCUGCUGAGCGCCAUCUCCUACUCUGUGCCAAAUCCCACGACCAUUCUUGCCAUCGCCGAAGAUUGGAUUCUGGGACCUGCUGUACCAAGCAUUCAAUGGGGAAAAGUUCCUCCUUGGCACCCUUCUUUAGAAAUUGACCAGCUGUGUUCACAAAUGCUGCUUCUAGGAAUAGCACAUUUGAAUGACCUUUUUCCCCUCGCUGCUUGAAAAUGGUUUGGAAAAAUGGGGUCACAAAGGCAAAUGCCCCUGCAUACGAUUAAAAUUUUGCAGGAGGUCUAAUUUUGAGCAGACCUGUAAGGAUGUAUGUGCCGUAGAAUGAAGAUGGGCCCCUGCUGUGAGGGGAGUGUCUUCUCCUGCUGCCCCUUUUCUCUGUCUGUUUGCCUAGUUGCAUAGCCAUCAAUGUAGUAACAUUUGCUAUAUUCUUGGCAAAGUGUAACACCCUUAAGGGAUUCAGUUUUCUAUUGUGCAUUGCUACACAACGUGAAGCCAGUGAGUUCGAUAUUAUAAAUCUAGAUGUUGUACCUAUAAAAUGAUUGUGUGUUUUUUCUUUUUUUCAUCUUGAUUGUCCCCGUGGAGGUUUAUAUGUUUGCUAGUCUCAGUAUACAUUCACUAGUGCACGUUUGAAGUAGCCCAUGUGCGAUGCUGUUUCCCCUCCACUGUCACCUGCCCAUGGAUGACAUGUCACUGCCGGCUGGUAUCACCCUCUUCCAUGGCUGUUCUGGAGCAGCUAGGCUGGUUUUCUGUGUUGGUAAAUUGCUUAUAUAAAUCUCAAUAAAAAGGAUCUGUAUAAGGA